CGGGCUGAUUGCAGCCAACCUGCAGGAGCAUCCGCCCUCCUCCUCCUCCUCCUCCACGCUGCAGCUCACGUUGGCGCUUUCCCCGCACUCUUCUUUUUCUUCUUCUCACUCUACCCAUUCAUCAUCAUUUUCUUCUUCUUUUACUCGGAAAAACAUUGUUGCGUUCCUCGUCUCACCAGUUCGGGGGUGAUCGUCCAGGCACAGCAUCUUCGAAUUUGCGAGAUUGAACAAGAACGCCUCCAGGACGAGAACAUUCUUCUGGAAGCACGAUGGAAGGAUCCCUCGCAUCCCUGAUGGCGUAGAGCGCUCCCUCCAAUAUUCCGCAUCACUGCUGCCUCUCCCCGCUAUCUCGCAGCCCCAAGUUGCCAGCGAAACAAUGCACAAGAACGAAAAAGGGGGGUUCUUUUGGGGCACAAAUGGGUGUGUCCAAGGAAUUCUGCCUAGCAACAAGUGACAAAUGUGACGUGAACAGCGCUCGCCGUCUUUGCGCGACGAUGAUGGCGAACACCUUCUCGUACGCACUGCUCCACAGCGCCCCCCGCAGACCUCUACUCAAUAGGAGAUGCCUGAGCGAUAGCUCGGACCUGUUUGCCAUGAUCGAGAGGAUGCAGGGUUGCAGAAUGGACGAGCAGAGAUGCCCCCUCCCUCCGCCCCUCAAAACAGAAGAGGACUACAUCCCAUAUCCCAGCGUUCACGAGGUUCUUGGUCGCAGAGGCCCGUUCCCGCUCAUCCUGCUUCCCCAGUUUGGAGGCUACUGGAUUGAGGGGACCAAUCACAAGCCUCGAGAGACCCCGGAGGCGGAGCAACCUCCGUGCCCCGCCUCCUGCGUUAAGCUCGAGACCAACAGCACCGCCAAGAUCUACAGGAAACAGUUCAUGGGCAAAGAGCAUUUUAAUUACUACACCGUGGACGCCGCCUUGGGCCACUUGGUCUUCUCAUUAAAGUACGACGUCAUCGGGGAUCAGGAGCAUCUGCGCCUGAUGCUGCGCUCUAGGCUAAGAACCUACCACGAUGUCAUCCCAAUUUCCUGCCUGACAGAGUUCCCCAACGUGGUUCAGAUGGCCAAGCUUGUUUGCGAAGAAGUCAACGUGGAUCGGUUUUAUCCAGUUCUCUACCCAAAGGCGUCACGCCUCAUUGUCACCUUUGACGAGCACGUGAUCAAUAACAAUUUCAAGUUUGGAGUCAUUUAUCAAAAGUUUGGUCAGAGCACAGAGGAGGAAGUCUUUGGGAACAUGGAAGAAAGCCCGGCCUUUGCCGAGUUCUUGGAGUUCCUGGGCCAGAAGAUUGAGCUGCAUGACUUUAAAGGCUUCCGAGGAGGCCUGGACGUCGCGCACGGCCAAACGGGGACGGAAUCGGUGUACGCCAACUUCCACGGCAAGGAGAUCAUGUUCCACGUCUCCACCAAGCUGCCUUACACCGAGGGAGACUCCCAGCAGCUGCAGAGGAAGAGGCACAUAGGCAACGACAUCGUCGCCAUCGUGUUCCAGGAAGCGAACACGCCCUUCGUUCCCGACAUGAUCCAGUCCAACUUCCUCCACGCCUACGCGGUGGUCCAGGUGGAGGACGCGUGUACGGACAAUGUCACCUACAAGGUGUCAGUGACAGCGAGGGACGACGUGCCCUUCUUUGGGCCGGCCCUGCCUGACCCGGCCAUCUUCAGAAAGGGCCCGGAGCUUCGCGAGUUCCUCUUCACCAAGCUCAUCAAUGCCGAGUACGCUUGCUAUAAGGCGGAGAAGUUUUCCAAGCUGGAGGAGCGCACACGUUCGGCCCUUUUGGAAACCCUGUACGAGGAGCUGCACAUCAACAGCCAGUCCAUGAUGGGCCUGGGCGGGGACGAAGACAAGCUGGAGAACGGCGGCGGAGGAGGGGGAGGCUUCUUCGAGUCCUUCAAGCGGGUCAUCCGCAGCAGAAGCCAGUCAAUGGAUGCCGUGGGCCUCAGUAGCAAGAAGUCACACACGGUCUCCACUAGUCACAGUGGCAGCUUUACCCACAAUCUGGCCGAGAGCCCCAAAACACCCGGCAUUUCAUUGCUCGUCCCGGGGAAAAGUCCCAGUAAAUACGGCCGACGAGGCAGCGCCAUAGGGAUAGGAACAAUAGAAGAGUCCCUGAUCAUUCCCGGGAAAAGCCCCACCAGGAAGAAGUCGGGACCCUUCAGUUCCCGUCGGAGCAGCGCCAUCGGCAUCGAGAACAUCCAGGAGGUCCAAGAGAGGAGCCGCGAUGUGUCACCGUGCACCCAAAGGAUGUCCGACGGCGGCCUGGUCUCCCAGGAAAAUAGAUCGGACAACUCGUCCAAUCACAGUUCUCCUGAGUUUACCCCUGCCAAGAACAGCUUGGUCAUGUGUUGCAGGGCGCCGUCCAUCCCGGAGGCUCAGGACCUUUCCCGAUCAUCCUCCGACGCCAGCAGCUUCGCCAGCGUCGUGGAGGAGCACGAGGCUGACGACGACUACGACGCGGGACUGGAAAGCGUGUCGGCCACGACGCCACACAAGAGGGACUCGCUGGACGAUGCAUCGCUCCGCAUGAGCCACGCAGGCGUCACAGCGUCUCGACUCCAGCAUCAAAGUGACGGGCCUCAGGGACCCGAGACGAAAGCGACAGAUGGCCGUGCCAGGUCGGAGCGCCCGCUUCUGGAGCACAAGUCCUGGCAUUUCUUGGAGAGGCACCACACGUCACGACCGAGCGACCGUGGUCGACUUUGAGACUUUCCCGGAAGCGUUCCGUUGGGGUCCGCCAGCCGUCCCGGCAAGACGCCGAACGGAGGCUCCGAGGGCGUCGCGUCGGGUCCUCGUUCCUGCUCCCCGAAAAUCCUUUCGAGGCCGUGCAGCAUCGCCGCUGUGUGUCAGUGAGCAACUUCAUCCUGGUUUGGAAGAUUUUUGGACUGAGAGAAACUGAAAGAUGGAUAUAUAUAUAUAUAUAUAUAUAUAUAUAUAUAUAUAUAUUUUUUUUUUUGUUUUUGUUUAGCCGAGUGUUUGGUCUGUUGACCUGCAGAGCGUUAGUGUGACUCCUGUGCUUUACAUUCUUUCGAGCAAACAACAGCAUUUGUCACGUUCCUUCGGGAUUGGGGCCACUUGGUUGAACGACACCGCAAGCAUUUAAUAAAACUCAAUGUCCAUAAAAAAAAUAAUUAAAAAAGUAUCUAAAUGUCGACUCCACUGAUGGUAUAAUGGCAGUAAAAAACAAAAAGUCAUAAUUACUGUGGUGCCUCGACCAGCUACGAAGCAUUUUCAAGCGUUUGUGUUUGUUCGUGUGAGUGCUACUGUGCAUGGUGUCGACCUGCUUGACUAAAAAAACAAAACGAGAAAAAAAAAAACCUCCUCUGGUGCCACGUGGGUUGUACCUGUGAUUCCCGUUUUAUUCAUCUCCGCGUGCAGUGUACAUUACGGAUCGCGCACAUUUUUUUUUUUUACUCCGUGUCAAAUAUUACUGCAGGACGCUUUAUGGAAAGCCGUUUGAGCAUGUAAUCGAAUAGCCUACUAGUGCACUCAAUUGUCAAUGCACUAGCACCCUCUUUAAGACAAUUCAGCACACUUAGAGCGACUAUGCCGUACUAGCGAAAAUGUUUUCCACGACUGUCAAACAUUUCUGUGCACUAGUAGAAUGACUAUAUGUUAAUAGUGAGGCAAAACUGCACUAGUCGAACUCUGCGUGUAGUAGCACAUAGUUGUUGACUAGUGCAGUUUUCCCUUACUAGUAACGUAGUUGUUCAACUAGUUGACAUCUGCGCACUACUAGUACUACAAAUUAAGUGGUAGAUAAGUAAAAUGAUAUAAGCACGAGUAUUACUAGUAACACGCAGUUGUCAACUCGUGCAGUUUUGCCUCACCGGUAACGUACUUGUUCUUGUCGUUCUGCACACUACUGGUACUAGUGAAGCGCAAGAUGUAACCUAGUAUAAUUAGACAUCACGAGUAGUAAUAAUAGCACACAGUUGACAAGUGCAGUUUUGCCUCAUUAGUAACGUGUAGUUCUACAUGUUGACAUCUGUGUGCUACGAGUACUGUACUACCUGUGAAGCACGAGAUAUUAACUAGCAUUUGUUUUUGGUCACCAGCAGUACUAGUAACACGCAGUUGUCAACGAGUGCAGUUUUCCCUGAAGAACAUGUAGUUGAACUAGUUGACAGGGCUUUCCAUAAACAAUCCUCAGUUUGUGGGCCAAGCAGAAUUUUGGGAACGACGUUGUGACUCAUCUUGAGGUUGCCUUUACAAACGAUUGUCUUUACAGAGGUUCCUGAAUGUAACACACGCGGCACACCAUGCUUUGUUUCGGUUUGCUGAUCUACGUUCCCCAUUUGGGUGUGAAAAAUGCAGAGGGGAAGGGGAAAACAACUAAUGACUCGAAUCCAAAUGUUUUAUUUGACUUGAACAGAACCUGCUCAAUUGAAGCAUAGAUGGCUUGCGCCCCCUUGCGGGCUCAAAGAAAUGGCACAACCAUGCGUCUUUUUCCAUUUUAUUUUAUUUUAUUUGUUUUAAUCAGUGGUCGAUCCAACAAGUGCGCUCUGAUUUGAAAUGAUUGUAUUUCUGUUUCUUGUCUGCUUGUGAAAAAGACUCGCUUGUACAUACAGUAUUGCUUUGCAUCCUCAUUGUAAAUAAAGACAACCGAGAUGUUUAA